AUGUCGCAGACUCCAAGUAUCAUACCCAACGAGGCCAUUGACCAGUGUGAGAAUUCCUAUGAAGCUGCUGAUGGAAAAAAGCAGAAGGCUGCCAUGGAUGGUUUCGAUGACACUGAACAUUUGUUCUCGCUUCUCCCUACCAACACCACAGUUAUUGCUUUGUACAAUGUUGGCUGUGUAUUAUCUCGCUCGCUUUCACAGUAUGACAUUCUAGACACUUCUGUCACUUCAUGGCUCCACUUUGCAACGACUGCUAUGCAUGCCUAUGGAUACGAGUGGGGAUGCCAGCUUGUCUACAAUCCUCAUGACACUAUGGGUGCUUUGGACAGUCUAGAGAGGGGCCAUCAAUGUCUUAUGGAGAAGGUCGAAGCGCUCUAUGCUUCACUUAAUAUUCAUGACAGGUUUCCAGAGCUUCAAGGCGUCAACCUAGAUUUUGUCCGCACCCUUCUCAUGGCGCGCGACCUCAAGAUCAACAUACACAAAUGCGCGAUCGGUAGUUUUUUCGAGUGGGAUAAACUGGAUAGGGCAGUCGGCGGUGCUCAGCAAGCUUUGCAAACUCAUAAGGCAAUAGCCAAGAGACAGCCAGCCCUGAUGACUGCCAUUUGUAAGUUCAACUCUUACUGUGAACGCCUAGAAACCCUCUAUGACCCUUCAUGGGGGAUACCACUCCCGAUGGCUCUUCCAACUAAACUAGUGGAUUUGCGCAACAACCAGACCCUAAUGGAGGAUGUCUGGAUUACGCCAUCCGCAGGAGACAUACCACGCUGGUUAGACAAUUCGGACGUGAGAGGUGGAAUCCGCACCCUCCUCAAGCAUGAUCGAUGUCAAGAGGAACACCAGCGUCUCAGUAUUGAAGCUGACAACUUGUGCCGCUAUUUUGGAGAUGAGCUCUGCGCUUUAGAACUUGCACUUUCUUCUGAUGCAAAUCAACUAUUUAGUUUCUUGCUGCGAACACGCCAAGACCACCUUCUUCAGCUCCAAUCACGCUGGGCAAAUCCAUUUACCUCUAUGGCUUGCUUUUCUAGCCGUGCCAAAGAAGCUGUAGACCUUGUGAAGACACUCAUGCGAGGUGCAGCCGAAGCUAACCCCAGUUGGAUAAAUCAUCCUCUAACACUGGAAAUUGAUCACCAAGAAGACGACAUUCCAGACUUCGAAGCAGGGCCAUCAGAUGUCGACGCACAUCAAAUUGCAUUCACUGACUUCCUAGAAGAGGAUUCUGUUGCUAACGAGGAUAUAGAAGACAUUGCUGAAGUGGGAAAAACUAGCAUCACCAUCUGUUGGGCGGUUCCAGAGGCACUCCAAGUUGAUGAAGCACCUGUGCCUCACAAGGAUCACAGCAUCACUAUGCAACGGCCAGGUGCGACUAGGAUAUGGCUCUCUCGGCAUGGCUUCCCUCGACAAAUAUUUGAUCCAAGGGAUAUCUCCUUCCUGAGUUCCCCUACUGCACACCUCAAUGAUGCAUGCCUCAAUGGCUGUGUGAUCUUGCUGCAUGAUGCCCAUAUGUCCACCCCUACAGCGCAGCGCAUCGCCAUUCUCUCUACUCACGACCUGCCACAUAUCUGA